CUGCAGAAGAAGAGACGGGUGCGUGACGGGGGAGCGAGGGAAGAAGUAAAAACACUGAAUUACUCAGUCUGGUGUACACAUGCUGACAGCGCAGAGAGCAGAGCACUUCCCCCUUUAACAACUACUGUGUAGUUCCCCGCAAGGAAAGAGCUGAAAUGAAGAGCUCUACACGUUCAUUGGGUGCAGUAACCAAACAGGGAAACCAUGGGACCGAGCGGGCGAAAGCCAUUCCCACCAUCGCCUUUGGGAUGAAAACUUCCAGAUCAACUAAUUCUCUGGCUUUCGAGUCCCGUCUCAGCAAGUUGAAAAGGGCAAGUAGUGAUGACAUGCUCACCAAGCCAGGGGGCGGGAGCACUGCCGCUACAUCCCGAAUGAGGAAGACGAUCACGACAGGAGCCAUAUCUGAGCUGACAGAGAGCAAGUUCCGCAGCGCCACUGGAACAUCUGCAGCUGCAAGACGAACUGGCAUUCCAGCUCCAAGAGAACUGUCAACACCAGUAUCAAGGGACAGAGUGGCUCUACGCAGUCCUGUUAAUGCCAACGCUAAAAAGUCACUACCCAGUCCUUCCUCUCCUAGUACCCCAACGCCUUCCAGGAAUGUUCGUACACCUACAAGGCCCAAGCAGGAGAAUGAGCAAAUCAAUAAGACUGUCCUUGAGAUGCAAGUCAAGGAACUUCUGGCUGAAGCCAAAACAAAAGACUCUGAAAUUAGCAAACUCCGCACUGAGCUUCAAAAAUGUAAAGACAAGGAAUCGCCAAGUCCAGAGGUCCUCAACUCGAUAGAUCCCCUAGCAGAUUUACAUGAUAUCAAUGAUGUGGCCUUAAGUGACCCUGAAGCAUUAAUAAGGGCACUACAGGAAAAGAACACACAUUCUCUAAUAGAACUUGCCAUACUUAGGAAGGAAAAUGAAGACCUGAAGCAGAAAUUACAUGCCCUAGAGCAGUCUCCUCUAUCUGACACCAUAACCAGCAAUGGCACAGAUAGCAGCAGCCUUCUUUCACCAUCUACUCAAGGGACAAAUAUUGGAUGCCAAUUUAAAAGUCCAUCUCCGGGUGAGGCUGAUGAUGGCAGAAUACCAGGAAGGGGCUUCCAUAUUUCUGGUUCUUCAAGCAGCGAUGUCACAAAAGCUUCCAUUUCACCAGAUGCCUCUGAUUUUGAGCACAUUGCCGAUAUGCCUUCAAGGCCGACAUCCACAGGAAGCAUCCCAUGCCAAGGCUCAAAGUGUUCUACUAGUGGUAGUUCUCCAAAUAACAUAAGUGAUCUUUCUGUAGCCUCCCUUACCGAAAGGAUUCAUAAGAUGGAAGAAAACCAUCACAGUACAGCAGAAGAGCUUCAGGCAACACUGCAAGAGUUGUCAGACCAGAACCUUAUGGUGCAGGAGUUAACAAUGGAAAGUGAAAAGCUAGUAGAAGAAAAGGCUUUUUUGGAAACUUCUUUACAGCAGCAAAGACAGAGGGCAGAACAGCUUGGUCAAGAAAACGAGAGACUGAUGGGUCACUUAAAAGAUAGAGCAAAAUCUGAAGAAACAGAGAUUCAUGGCAAACUUACAGAGACAGAAAAGAAGUAUUCAGAAUUAGUUGAGAAGUCACAAUUUGAAAGGGAGAAGCUGCUCAACAUUCAGCAGCAGUUAACCAGCAGCCUUAGAAGCUUAGAGAAAGAACACCAAGAGGCUCAAACCGUUAGAAAAAAGCUUGAGGAGGAGGUAGAUAAAUUGCAACGUCUCCUUGACACGGAAAGGAAAGAAAAAAGUGCAACAGCGAAGGCAUUUGAGGACCAGAAAGUCACAGUUGAAGGCCUUAAAAUAGAGAAUAACUGCUUGAAAUCUCAGCUGGAGGGUGAGCGCCAGAAAGCGGCAGAAAUGACGGCAAUGGGAAAAGGAAGCGGGAGUGGAAACACUGAGAUCCAGGAGAUGUUAAAGUCGGCUCAUGCCGAGAAAGAGCAUUUGGAACUUACAUGCUCAGAACUUCGCCAAGAGCUGCUGAGGGCUAACAGCGAAGUAAAGCAGCUGCAGUGUCUCCUGGCAAAGGUGGAGACAGAGUGCCAUGAUCUGAAGGAGGUGGGAGAUCUGAGGGAGAAACAGCUGAAAUCGGCCAACCUGAAGCUGCAGGAGAGGAGCUUGGAGAAGGAGACUGAGAUCAAGGACAUGAAGGAAACCAUCUUUGAGCUGGAGGACCAAGUGGAGCAACACCGGGCUGUCAAACUCCAUAACAACCAGCUCAUUAGUGACCUGGAAAAUAAAGUAGAUAAGCUGGAAGAUCAAAAACAAGACUUGGAGAGACAACUGAAACUUCUGAAUAAACAGAUGAAGGAGGAUGCUGAGGAGUGGAAGCGUUUUCAGGCAGAUCUGCAGACAGCAGUGGUGGUGGCGAAUGAUAUCAAGUGUGAGUCCCAGCAGGAACUUCGUGCAGUGAAACGGCGCCUCCAGGAGGAAGAGGAGAGGAAUGGCCACUUACACAGGGAGCUGGAAGAACUGCAGGGCAGCAGGCAAUCUUCAUGUGAAGUGGAAUCUGUAGAGGGAGACAACAGAAUCCGUUGGCCAAGUGUUGGCCAUACCCAAGCACCAACUUCAUCCUCCGAACUUCCAGCCACUGUCAAGUCCUUAAUCAAAUCAUUUGACUUGGGCAAUCAAGGUGGAGUUGGUCAGAAUAUUCCAGUGCACUCAGCCCCGCGCAGUCCGUUGAGUGGAAUUCCCGUGAGGACAGCUCCAGCUGCAGCAGUCUCCCCCAUACAGAGGCUUUCAGUGACCAACAAUACCAAGUUAACAAGCAAAGAAGCAGAGAGACAAUUGGACAAUUCAGAUAAGUUGAAGGGACAAAGAGAUGACUUUACACCUGAUCGGUUUCCCCGUAAGAGUCCAUCACUGGAGUCACUGAAUACUCAUGCAGCACUAGGCUUUGGCUCACGGACAUCUCCAAUGGCCUUGGAUAGCUUGAGUCAUCAUAGUAAAUUAAGUGUGGAAAGGAAGGACCCACUCGCUGCGUUGGCAAGAGAAUAUGGUGGCUCUAAGAGGAAUGCUCUACUGAAAUGGUGCCAAAAGAAAACUGAAGGGUAUUCGAACAUCGACAUCACAAAUUUUAGCAGUAGCUGGAGUGAUGGCUUGGCGUUCUGCGCCCUUCUGCACACGUACCUACCUGCACAUAUUCCCUACCAGGAGCUCAACAGCCAAGAUAAGAAAAGAAAUUUAAUGCUGGCAUUUCAGGCGGCUGAAAGUGUUGGAAUCAAAACCAGUCUGGAGCUUAAUGAGAUGAUGUUCACAGACCGGCCGGACUGGCAGUGCGUGAUGAACUACGUGGCACAGAUUUACAAGUACUUUGAAACCUAGACGAUGAUUGGACAAAAUCUGACAUUAGCAAGGAAGCACACAUUCACUUUAUUGCCCAGGCCUGUCUCAUUCGGCGCAAGACUGGAGACCCCUCUUUGCCUGAAACACGGCACCCCUAUCACUAAUGGGGGAUUCGCAGGAAGUGGACAUGAAUAAAACUGCACUAAAACCUGCCGACUAUACAAAGUGCAGUAACUAUUCCGCUUGCUGAUAACUAUCACUAUGACUUAAUAGCUAACAACAUGUAGUCUUGUUGCUGUUUAGUUUACUACAGCCAUUGACCAUAUCCUUCUUCCUCCUGGAGUCCUAUAGUGUGAAAGAUGGGGGGUUUGUGUGUUCCUGUGACCUGCCAAAUAGAAAACUGGUUUUUCAACAAAUAAUGAACUUCUUGACUCUACAAGCAAGAGCGUUGGGGAUACACCAAGAACAGUCAUUAUAUAUUGUCUGCCAGGGAUGCAAACCUUUGUUUCUGCUCAUUUUCUGUAACACAUGAUAACACAUGAACAUCAUAAAAUGCCUGGUCUUAUCUUGGUGGGUGUAAAUUAAGAUAUGAAAUCCCAUGACGCACAAAGAACCAGCAGCCAACAGAAAUGCAUUUGUGAUAUGAAGGGGUGUAGUUAAAUGCACUAAUCAUAAAAUACUGUACAGUACGUAUGGCAACAAUCCCAUGGAUUUAAUAUAGCAAACAACUGCAAAUUUGUAAACUUCGGCAUGUGCAGAUGGAAACACUACGAUUAAAAAUAAUGGUAUAAUACCUUCA